AUGAGUGUGAAUGCCACAAAGCAGCUGGAUCUGCAUAUACAGAUAAUCAAAGUCACAGGGCUUCCAAAACGACGGGCUCAUGCCGAUUUCAAUCCACGUCAAUGGGGACGCUCUUAUAACGCUGCCAGCGGUUUCACUCAAUACAAUGGUCUCCAUCGUGGCUUUACCUCUACUGGUUAUAACAUUGAGAGUUGGAGCCAAGGACGCGAAAGCGAGAAAGUCAAUGACGCCUUUCCAGAAGCGGUUACCCUUGGCUACUUCCCAACAGACCCACGAGAGGAAAUGUCGGGCUCGCAUAUUGUGCUGUCGGCCACGGCGAACCCGUUGUUGUCGAUCGCUCGAAAGCAACAACAGGACGUGACCCCAGGAGCUGAGCCACGAGCUCUACUAGCACACGUCCAACGGUGGCUUGAGAAGCUCCGUUCGACUCACUCUGGGUGUGUCGUCGAAGGCAGCAUGGCGCUUGGCACUGACCUGGAUGGCCGUAGUGUUCUGGCGUGCCGUUAUGUAGCGCAGCCGCUGACACCUCCAGGGGAGGUUACGUCUCUUGACGACCCCCAUGCCAUCGAGCGCUCUGCUAGGUUCGUCAGCAUGAUACCAUUUCUCACCGAUGACCAGAUAUUUGCUUCCCUCUCGGGCGGAGCGAAGUUGAAUCUUGACGUGUGGUGUACUCCACAGAACUUCAUCGAUAUUCGGGCAGGCGACUGGGAAGAACACGCUACUUUACUGUGUUGCUACUUCAAGAAGAUCGAUGCUCAUAGACGCCUGCGAAACCCGGAUUAUCCCGUCAUCGACUCCUUCUGUAUGGCUUGUUACUACAUUGCUGAUGAAAGAGCGAUGUAA